CUCGCAACUUUAUACAUUGUUUUUCUUGGCUAUAUAAUCACUUUUGUAAUAUUAUUGCAAUCCAGUUCCGCUUUGCUGGCAAUUACUCGGCAUGCCAAAAACAAGCAAUUGUAUGCAAGGGUUUUGAUGCAGCUUAGAGUUCUAUAUCAAAUGCACAUCUGCUCUUGCCCAAAUUUAUCACAACAAUAACUGGAAACACUCAGCUAAGUUUAGCCUGCAGUUUUGGAAUUUUAUGAUUCAAAAACCCCAACAUACACUCUUUCAAACCAAUGUACUUUAUUGCGUAAAAAUAUCUUUGAAAAACAUCUUUUAAAAACAUAUAUGAGUUUAUUAUUUCUAUCAGAAUCACAGCACAAGCUUUGUGUGACAAAUUGAAUAUAAAUGAGUCUAACCAUAUGAGGGGUAAAGCUCUUUUCAGUUGAAUAUUCAGUUGAGAAUGGAUGUCAAAUACCCUUGUGAUGGGGAUGUAUUCAAAUUGUAUUGACCAUUUGGAUCGAUUGAAUAGUUUGGAUCAUUUGGAUUAUAGAAAUUAUUGGGAUUAUUUUGAGAUUCAUAUCAUUUGUAGCAUUGAAAUCAAUUACAAUGUCUUGAGUAAAACUGAAUUAAUAUCAGACCUAUCGAACUGAAAAGAUGCUUGAUCUUGAGACAUUGACAAAUAAAAACAAUUGAAGUGAUGGGGCACUCAAUGGAUCAGAUAUCAAUAACUAGCUAUUAUUAUCAAAAUAACUAUGAGUGUUAUAAGCACUGUAAAGAUUAAUACAACAUUUUGAAUAAAACCGAAAAACGAGAAUGGAUGAUGAAUAAGAAAAACAGAUUUGCAAAUGGGAUAAACCAAUAAAAGUAGCAGCAUUGUUGCAUUUUAAGAGACUUAUACAUUUAUGUAUCACUAAAGUAAGUCUUCACAUUUUUUGACUUCUCGUUCAUUUUUCUUUCUUUUCUUUUGUUUCUUUUUUACCUUUUUGGGUAGAUUCUAUUUUACCUUUUUAAAAAUAAAUAACUAAAAAGCUUCAAGUUUUAUUUAA